UGCCACAUCGGACCGAACCAUUCUGCGUUAGCGACGACAUUUUAGCUUGUGAAUUUACCCAAAUCUCACAUGCCACGGACUUUUUUGUUACGAACAAUUAACAUUGAAUCUUCUCUCUUUCUCCCUGUGUGUUCACCGACUUCAUCGUAUUAUUCAGAUUAGAGGUAAUAGUUGUAGAGUUUGCCGGAUCCAGCACCCCCCCUCUCCUCCCGCUUUAAAGUGGUCUGCUCUGUCUUGCUGCCAUGUUGGAUGUACGCAUCGCUGCUGCGGCUGCUGCGGCUGCUGGAGUUCCCGAAUGAAAGUUGUGCGUUUAUCCGCGUACAGACACACAUCGAGCUCUUAUUAUAACACUCAAUACCAAGAGGAGAAGUAAAAGGGUCUUUCUCGAGCAGGAGCAAGUCUGGAAAACACCCCCGUCCACCUCCGCCCUCCAGCCGGGUGUCGGACUCCGCGGAGAUGAUCCGGUUGCAGGCCACAGCAACCGGAGCCCGCAUGGAUAUUCUGUAAUUAGCAGUGUUUGCUGAGUCCGUCCGGGGAUAACUGCAUCGUUUCGGGGUGUUAACUAGAAGAAUUCGGAGCCAUGAACAGCCACCCGCCGCCCCGCAGGUCGGUUAACGUCGGCUCCAUCCUCCUGACCCCGCAGGAGAACGAGUGCCUGUUCGGCUACCUGGGCAGGAAAUGCGCCACUCUGUGUUCGGCGGUGGUCCAGGUGUACGGAACAGACCGGAGCUGCAGCUGGCUGAAGAGGUGCUGUGGAGUGGCCUGUCUGGUCAAAGACAACCCACAGAGGUCCUACUUCAUCAGAGUGUUUGACAUCAAGGAAGGGAAAACCAUGUUUGAGCAGGAACUGUACCACAACUUCUCCAUUAGCAGCCCCAGAUCCUACUUCAUCUCAUUUGCAGGAGACACUUGUCAGAUCGGUCUGAACUUCGCCAGUGAAGAAGAGGCCAAAAGAUUCAGAGCCGCCAUCAACGACCUGCUGAACCGACGACAACGCAAAACCGAGAAGAGAGGUGACCCUAAAAAUGGUCCAGCUCUGCACAUGGCCACGGUGGACAUCAAGAACCCGGAGAUCAACAACGUCCGAUUCCACAACUCCCACAGCCACCAGCAGCCGUACCACCUCAACAACAUGCUGAGCCACAGCGGGCUGAACCGGAAGGACAAGAAGACCAAAGGCAAGAAGAAGAAGUUGACCAAGGCCGACAUCGGCACGCCCAGCAACUUCCAGCACAUCGGUCACGUGGGCUGGGAUCCUAACACAGGUUUUGAUCUGAACAACCUGGACCCCGAGCUGAAGAACCUUUUUGACAUGUGCGGCAUCUCUGAGGCCCAGCUGAAGGACCGCGAGACGUCCAAAGUCAUCUAUGACUUCAUCGAGAAGAAAGGAGGGGUGGAGGCGGUGAAGAACGAGCUGAGGAGGCAGGCUCCCCCUCCACCUCCUUCUCGCGGUGGUCCCCCUCCUCCUCCUCCUCCUCCGCCUCACCACAGUUCCGCUCCACCCCCUCCUCCACCUCCGUCCAGAGGUGGCCGAGGAGCCCCUCCUCCCCCUCCUCCCUCCAGAGCCCCAGCCUCAGCUCCACCACCUCCACCUCCCUCCAGACCAGGAACUCUGGGUGCCCCACCACCUCCACCUCCUCCCACCAGGGGAGGUCACCAGCCUCCUCCUCCUCCCCACCAUCACCACCACCACCACCAGCCUCCCCCACCUCCUCCUCCAUCCUCCUUGCACUCUUCUGUCGCCCCCCAAGCCCCGCCCCCUCCACCUCCCCCAUUGGCCCAGCAGUCUCCAGUAAACAGCGGCGGCGUCUCCGCCCCUGCUCCACCUCCACCACCUCCUCCUCCACCCCCCCCUCCCGGCCCACCUCCUCCUCCGGAGCUGGACGGCGGAGGCGGGGAGUCUCCUCACUCGCCGAGCCCCGGGGGGAAGUCAGCGCUGUUGGAGCAGAUCAGAGGAGGAACCCAGCUGAAGAAGGUGGAGCAGAACAACCGAGCUCCGGCCUCCGGCAUCGGCCGAGACGCCCUGCUGGACCAGAUCCGACAGGGGAUCCAGCUCAAGACGGUGGAUCAUCCCGAGUCCGGUCCUCCAACAGCGGCUCCCACCGCGGGCAUCGUCGGCGCUCUCAUGGAGGUGAUGCAGAAGAGGAGCAAAGCCAUCCAUUCCUCAGACGAAGACGAGGAUGACGAAGACGACGAAGACUUUGAAGACGACGAUGAGUGGGACGACUAGUGAAGUCCCCCCCCCCCGCUCCCUCCGCUGACACUAAAAUAUCUUCCAGCAUCUGACUAAAAUUGUAAUGUAAAUGUUGUAUGAAUUGGCUGUAUAUUUAUUUUUGCUUUUUUUUUAUGACUAUUAUAAUUAAUCUGUGCAAUACCUCAUCUGUUAAAUCUGUAUCGUUCGUCACCUCAUCGUUAGAGACUCGACACUUUCCCCGGGACGUCCUGUCGUUAGAAAGCACUUAUCACUGACAUCAGCACAGCGUGGCGGCGCGGCCGGCUUCAUGUCGUUAUCAGUAACCGUUAAUAUAAAACACUCGCUGCUCCACUGAGGCGGAUCUGAAUCGGGAGUCCUCGUGUGCUCCUCGGGAAAUACUUUGUGUUCGUUUCUGUGUUUUCAUUCCUCGUCAAAGAAACUGAAAAGGGAGACGUACGCGUGACCAAACAGGCAGGAUCCUCUUUGUGUUUGUGGUUCGGCUUAAAUGCGAGAUAACACUAUUUUCUUACCGUGCUUCUUUUUUCGUACCUCCGAGUUUCCUAAUAAAUUGUAGUUUAGUCGUGUUAUUUUUUCAUAAAUCCUUUUGACCAAAAUGGGGCGGCUCGGUCGCCUCGUGGAUUUUCAGCUUUUAUUUUUUACGAAGUUAAAGCCGUUUAUUUGCACACAGUUUAAACGAUAGUUCAGUUUUGUGUUUGUCGGGUGUGCGUUCGGUCAAACGACUUGUAUUUUAUUUCAGACGGCGACGACGGGCACUUCUAAAGCUCAAGGUUUCGCAAUAUUGAGACCUUUUAAAAUGGAACGACAGACAUGACUGACGAUGUUUCCGUUUCUUUGGCUUAUUACAAAAGCAUUUUCACACACACACACACACACACACACACACUCUGUGGCAUUUGUGAAAUGAUGGAAGUUUUGUUCCUGACGUCUGGUUGGUUGUUUUUGUUGUGACAGCAUUCCGUUAUUUCCUGCGCUCUGGUCAGUAUUUCAAACAAAUAUCACGUCACACAAUGAAAACUAAAACAUAUAUAUAUAAACAAAUAUCAUUCAUCUUCCUCCGUCCGUUCAGUUGAUAAACUAUAAUUUUAUGCAAUGCGACUGUAAAUGC